UUGCCAGCCCAACAUAAAAAGAAGGAAGAACAAGCAAACGAAGCAGCGCGAGCAAAAAACCCGAGAGUAAAGUUUCGGAAAUAAAAUUUUCUACCGUGAAAAAAGGAGACGGAUUUCGGAACCGAUUCCCGCGGCGCGACCCCACACGAAUGAGGAAGCGCAAACCGCACGAGUUUUAGGACCGCGGAAGUGAACGGCAAAGAAAGAAGUUGUGUUUUGGUGACUGUGCGUGCGCGAGAGCUUUUUUCGCCUCCUCCUCCCGAGCAUGGCCUUAGCAGCAGCAGCAGCCAGCAGAAAGACUCCAUCGAAAAUCUAUGAUAUUACGGCACACAACAGCAAGGUGACAUGUUUGGACAUUGGGGAAACCGGACGAGUGCUGGUCACCGGAGGACAGGACCGGAACGUGAACCUGUGGACCUUUGGCAGCAAGGAAUGUUUUAUGACCCUGACCGGCCACAACGCCCCGGUGGACUGCGUUAAGUUUGCCUACUCGGACGACUUUGUCUACUCGGCGGACGACACGGGCGUGAUCAAGCGAUGGGACCUCAACUCGGACACCGAGUGCACCACCUUCUUUGGCCACAUGAAAACGGUGCGCACGCUGGACUUUCACCCGUACAGCGAGUACGUCGUUUCGGGCAGUCACGACACCUCGAUCCGGCUGUGGGACGUGCGGCAGAACGUGUGCAUCAAACGGUAUCGGGGCCACAUUUCGCACGUCAAUUCGGUCAAGUUUUCCCCGGAUGGGUUGUGGAUCGCUUCGGCUGGCACCGAGGGAUGCGUCAUCAUUUGGGACAUUCGCAUGAGCAAGCAGUUUAUGGAGUUUACCGAGCGGGAAUCGCCGGCGAUGUGUGUUCAGUACCAUCCGUCGGAUCUGCUGAUGGCCGCUGGACGGAACGAUGGCAGUGUGGAUUUGUACGAUCUGGAGAAGAAGCAGCUGGUGUCGCGAGCGGACAAAACACACUCGAAGGGACACGCGGUGAAGUGUAUUGCGUUUGACGAGGGCGGAUCGUGUCUGUUUGGUGGGACGGCGGCGGGGAUUUCUGUGAUUGGUUGGGAACCGGACCAGGAGUAUGACCAUGUGGACUCGACGUGGACGAUGCUGGGCGACAUGAUCACUGCCGGAAAGAAGCUGAUUUGCGGAACUUAUGAAAAUAGGAACGUUGCGAUCCAUGCGUUGAAUUUGAACAUGGUGAAGCCGUUCUACAAUCCGCAGAAUCAGCCGUUUAACCACCAUCAGAGCUCUAGGAAAAGUUUUAGCCGAGGAAGUGGCAAGGUUCGGUUGUCGAUUGGCGAUCGAGGGCUAUCCGGUGACAGUAUGGAGGGAAAUUCCAACGGCGGAAUGUCUCCUAACCUGAGCAUCGAGAUGAUUGACGAAGAAGACGUUACGAUUUUGGUCGAGCAGAAGGCAUUUGAUUUUAGCCAUAGCAACGGAAGUGGUACGGGAAGUUUUGAGUCUUACGCGUCGCCUACCCCAUCGUCUAUCCCGGUGGCCACGGUCUCCGGACCGCCUUCGGGCCCCCUCUCCAACAGCAACUAUCUUGUAAAGGAAGAGAUGAAAAUGUACAACAUCAGCACGUCAACUGGAUAUUCGAGCGACCUUGACUACUACCCGUGCAAGAACACCGCUUCGGACGCGGAAAAAGAAGACUUUCCCGUCAAAAGCGCUCAACCUCCGGAUUACGCCCCCAAGUUGACCACCUCGGGGAACACGACGACCAACGCCAGCAGCGGAAACACCAGCAGUACCUCCCACUCCACGACGACGGCAACGACGACGAAAAGUAGCACGCUGGUUCGGCAAAAGACAGACUCUAUCAGUCACAGCACGAUGGCGCAGAGAAGAACUUCACAGCCGAACAUUGCCGCCAACCGGAACUCGACCAUCGGCAGCAAUCUGGCGAGGAGGAUUUCGACCUCGAGGAGCACGUUGGAGCUGAACAAGCUGGCCAAUGAGGAGCAGGUAACCUUCAAGAAGCCCAUCAGCCGAGGCAGCUCUCCGAUCCGGAACAACACCGCCCUCAGCAGCAAGAUCCGCAAGAGCGAAAGUACAGCACAAAUCAACAACAUGAAAAACACCAGCCGAUACAGCAGCAGCAGCAGCAAUAGUCAACACAAUGCCAACGUCAAGGUGGAGAUUGUCACGAAACCAGUCCGAUCGAAGACGUCGCUGGACAUGCGCCAACGGAACCACAACAACAACGGCGACGGCCACAGCACCAGUGCCACCAUGAGCCGGGCCGGAAUCAUCCAACACAACAGCAACGGCAAUGGAAACAUGAGCACGAUGGGAGGAGGAGGAGGUGGAGCGCCACACAAUCACAGCCUGUCCCACAUCGGAAUAAGCGACGGAGGAGGGGGAAUGGGCCGCGACUCGCUGUUGAUGCCACCACCGUCGGUUCCCCCGCCGUCGUCGAUUCCCACCGCAUUGCACCACCAGAUUCCGAUCAUCCGGUUUCCUUCGCAUGACGGAGACGGAGGUGGUGGUGGUGGUGGUACGAGACUAGGAAUGACCUCCAAUGAGGAGUUUGAAAUUCAACUGCUGAUGAAUGAACACGACAGCGUGUUUCAGGCGCUGUGCAACCGGACGGCGCUGCUGACGGCGAUCCGGAACUACACCCAAACCGGAGACGUGAGCACCGCGCUCAAGGUCGCCGUCCGCAUGAACGACCAGCACAUCUUGGUUGACCUGCUGGGAGCCAUUCUGGAAAAAUCGUCACAAUUCACGCUGGAUAUGUGCGUAUUGUUGCUGCCAAAAAUAUACGACCUGCUGCAGAGCGAAUACAAAUUCCACUGCACCCGUGCCUGCGACACCCUGCGAGUCAUCCUGACCACCUUCCUCGAGAUGAUCCGCUCCAACACCGAUCCGUGGGGCUCGUGCACGCUGGGCGUGGACGUAAGCCGCGAGGAGCGCGUCAGCAAGUGCGUCGAGUGCAAGGCGUGGCUGCUGCGGAUACGGACUCUGCCGGAAAAUCCGAAAAUCGGCACGAACCUGCAGCAGCUGCAGAACAUGAUGGUCGAUUUGUAGCCAAGUCGCCGUCGUGGGCGGUUCACGUAAGUCGAUUGUGUUUUGUUUAGCCUUGUCUUGAUUCGAUUGUGUUUUUUUUUUACAACAAAAAGAAGAAGAAAAAAGUUUACGCGAAUUGGUUGACUCGUCCAGAAUUUAAAUAAAUUAAUACACACCACACGCUAACGUCACUAAUUUAUUGAAAAGCGCGCGAGGAAGUUAAAUGUAUAAUUAUUUUAACUCUUUUUCUUUCGUUUUUAUCAUUGUCCUUAUAGAAGCGUAAUAAUUUUAAACUAGUACAUUGAUGCGAGAUAAAGAAAACACACAUUUACUUCUAUACAGAUUAUUAAUAAGACUGAAAAUUUUAAUUGAAAAUAUAAAACAAAAAAAAAACAUCCUACUAAAAUAAUGCGAAUCAUUUUAUAAUAGAACCCAGACAACUAGUUUUAAUAAAAAGACAAAAAAACAUAACCAAAACGAAAUACCCGCAACUCUGCCGAGUUUGCGUCAAUUACAAUAAUUCAACACAUACACGAAACAACGCAAAACUGCGCGGCUUGAAACACUAAACAAAAACGAAAGCGUAACGGAAAUUGGUGAUUUACUUAGUGCUUUAAAAAGGCGAACAAGGAAAUGUGAUUAACCUGUGUUUUGUUGUCUAGAAACCUUUUGUUUUCCUUCCCUUCCCCUCCAGUUGAGAGCAACAGCAAACAAAAAAAAGAAGAAGAAAAGUGCAUUUAAUAACAAAGCUACCCAAGAGUAUAAUGAAUAGCAGAACUGAUAAACAAACUAAGUGGUGGUAACAAAUCAGUAUAUUUCCCGACAAAAAAGUACUUUCGACUGACUAAUCUUUCGGUUUCGGUCCCCUGUCCUGCAGUAUUACAAUUUGCGGAGAGUUUCGAUUAUUUUCCGUGUAAUCAUUCCUUGUUUUUUAGUAAUGUUUUAAUUGGUUAAAUGUGUCAUUAAAUAAAAAUGUUUCAAAAUUAUAACAGUAAAAAAGAUUAAAUUUCCUGAAAAUGUUUCAAUUCAACACACAUGUUUCUUGACUAACUAUAAAAGAAAACCUUAAAUCUGAAAAAAAUGGAUUUAAUUUGGCUCAAGCUUUGUGGGGGCCUUUCCUAUGACCAAAGAAGCUAUUUUGUGUCAUUGGUUCACCUAUACAAGUCUCCAUACAAUUUUGGCAGCGGUCCAUACAAAAAAAAAUCCAUACAAAAAUGGUACGUAAAUAUUCAAACAGCUGUAUCUUUUGAGUGAAUUUUCUGAUCAGACAUUUAGUCAUGAGCAAAAUUGUAGGUAUUGUUGAGGACAAUUGAGAAAAAAUAGGUACACGGAAUAAAACCAUUUGCCGAUCUACUGCAGAGUCAUGAAUUUUUGAAAAAAUAGUGUUUUUACAAAAAAUCUAUAUUUCCUACGACAACAAAAUUGUACGUGUUUUUUUAAUGUUAAAUCGAAUUUGCAAUCGAAAAGUACUUUCCAGAUUUUUUGAUGAAGGGCUACGUUUUCAAGAUAUGGCCACCGAAACUUUGAUUUUAGCGAAAUAUUUGCAGUUUUUCGAUUUUCAAAAAUAGUGACCAUGAAUGACCAUUUCUAAUUUUUUUUAAUGUUCAAAAAAUUUGCUAUAAAAUUUUCCGAUUUUCAAUGGUAAAAUAUGAAACAUUCGUGAAAUUUUCCGAUCUUUUCGAAACAAUAUUUGGAUUUUUUUAAUCAAGACUAAGAUUUCAAAAGGGCUAACGUUUCUGCUCAUAUUUGGUAUGGGGGUUGUUUUUUCCUCAAAAAUAAAUAAUCCCAAGUCCACCCCGCGCCCGUGGCACCCCCCUGUUUUUAUAGAUUUUUGAAAAACCUCAUUUUAAAAUGCAUUUCCUAAGAGAAAACUCCUCAAAAAAAUUGUUUUGUCAUUCAUCGACACGACAUUUUCAAAAUUAUUUCUUCAAAUUUCAAGGCCUACUGACGGGGGUGGACCAAAUGUCACAAAAAAAUAAACUAAAUAAAAAAAUAAAAAAAAAUUAAAAUAUUCAAAAAUCUUGUACCUUAAGAACAAAUUUCCUGAUCUAUUUGAUGUUUCCGGCAAAGUUGUAGGUAUCGUGUGUUACAAAAAAAAACAAUGAAAACUGAAAUUAAAAAAUGACGUGUUUUUUUGAAAAUCGUCGAAAAACACGAUUUUUGGACUACCUUAACUCGGGUAGGACCUCCCUAAAAGAUUUAUUUCUAAAAACAAUUUAAAAUAUAUAUAUUUUUAUAUGAAAAAUAUUUAUUAAAUAUUUUUUGGAUAAUUUAUUGGAUGAUGAAAAAAAUGUUAUCGGAAACAAAUCAACUCAUUUAUUGGACGAAUGGUGUCUUCGGAAGAGUUGUUGUAGUUAAUAAGCUCUAUCGUUUAAAGUUAUUGACAUACAGGGUGUCUACCAAAAUCAAAUUUGGACUGCCCAUGUUCGCAUUAAUGUCCCAUAUGCAAAAACAACAAGCUGAGAAAAACGCAUUCGAAGUUUGUCCUACACAUAAGGCUACGUGUUAAGUUUUCACGAAAAAACUGGAUUUCCUCCUGAUGUACUGGAAGUUGCAGCGAAGAGUUGUCUAUGACACAAAAUUACACAUUUUUACCGAAGACAGCAAAACGUUUUGAGCUUCAAUUAAAGAGUUGUCAUUGUUUUUAAGUGAUUUUGAGCCUGUUUCCAAGUUGCUAUGAUUUCAGAAUGUCACAUUUGGCGCAAAACCAAAUGAAGCAUUUAAAACGACACACUACAUUUGCCGAACAUAUCAAGAGUUUCUUUUGGUAAGGUCCUAUAAACAUAUGAAACACAAUAGCUUCUGGACCUUUUUUUUUCUUAAAAAAAAACUCUAGAUAUCGACCAUUUUCCAAAAAUAGCCUAUAUCUAUUGUAGAUCAGCAAGAAAUUUGACAUCCUGGGCAAACUUUCAUCUCCUCAACAACUUUGCCGAAAACAUCAAAGUCCUAAACCGUCAUCCAAAAAAGUUGGAUUUUGGUUGACACCCUGAAAUGUCGCCACCCGGUGUGUCAAUAACUUUAAACGAUAGCCCUUAUCAAGAAUAACAAUUGAUAACUCUUCCUAAAACACCAUAUGGCUAAGACGUCAAAUAAAUUAUCUUUUUAUUGUUGAAAUCUAAAUAACUUUACUAGUUUAAAUAAAACAUGUGUGUAAAAUUCGAGCAAAUUCAGAUCUUUGCUAACAAUCCAAUCGUCAGUACUAUAAGAACAAAUCUCGGAUUAGUUUUCAAAAAGCCGUAAGAGCCAUUGGUAAACAAAGUCCUUUUUGCCUCGGUACUCGACCUACUUACGAAAAACCAAUAUCAAAAAUGCUUGAGAUUGUUCAUCUACACGUCCUUCAAGUGCCCCAAACUAAAAAUAAAUGAAAUUUUGUUUAAUUUUGGAGAAAAACGAAAAUUAGUGUCAGAGGUCACGGUGGCUCUUACGGCUUUUUGAAAACUCACCCGAGAAAUGUUCUCCCCAACCACAAAACGUACAAAACCGAAACAGUUUAGUUAUGAACACACUACCAUUAAACAGCAAUAUCAGUUAUCUAUCAAAAGUAGAUAGUGCAGUCAGUUUAACACGUUUGAUACAAAUCCAUUAAAAAAAGAACGCUAGCGCGUUCCCCGCAACAUGACAGUUAAAUUUCUAAGAGGAACAAUAUGGUUCACCCUAAGUUACGCUCUUAUCGGCUGAAAUUCUCCAAAAUUGAAUGACAAUAUUGUGUUUCAUUUACAAUUGUAACGAUCGGCCAUCGAAUGCGCUUUGUGCUAGAGAGUUCCAACGUAGGUAAAUCAAUAAUCCACUUCAUAAUGUCUGUAAAUAGCACACCCCACAAAAAACACACUCAUCAACCCCAAUAAUCGAUAGUAAAUUAAGUGAUUUUCACCCCCAAAGUAAUUCACACUUUAAGUAACAGCAACAACAA